AUGGCCUUAUAUUUGGAUCGUAUGAGAAAGCUGGUAAACGAAUUCGACCAGUUCUCUAUCGUGCAGCGACCACGGUUGGAGAACAGGCACGCAAACGCUUUAGCAUAUCUGUCUUCUGCAGUCGAUACUGAUACCACCCGUUUUGUUGCAGUAGAUUUCCAAAAGUUACCUAGCAUCCCCGACAACCACUUUGUUCUGGCUCUCGAACACGCUAGUGGGGGCGAUAGGGUAACUACAUCAGCACAGGAAGGUAGCGAAAACACUGACAGCAAUAUGGAUGUUGACAGUCUAGUGAUAGACGAUUCAGGCAAUCCUGUUGAAAACGUUUCAGACUGGCGUCAACCUUAUAUACGGUAUUUGAUAACCAGUGAACUCCCAGAAGAUGAGAAACUCGCUUCAAAGGUGAAAAAGAAUGCGUGGAGAUAUUCAAUGAUCGAGGGACAGUUAUACCGCAAACCUGUAGCUUUGGAGUCAUUUUUGCGAUGCGUAUCAGCCGAAGAAGGACAACGGAUAUUGGCGGAGGAUCAUGAAGGAAUAUGUGGCAACCAUUCUGGGGGGCGCAGUCUCGCCCACAGGAUACUUACCCAGGGGUACUUCUGGCCAUACAUGCAGAAAGAUGCUAAAGAAUACGCGCAGAAAUAUGUACCAUACCAAGAGCACGCUCUAAUUUCUAAAAGGCCCGCCAACGAAUUGCAUCCAGUUUUUAGUCCCUGGCCAUUCGAUAAAUACGACGUAAAAAGGUUUAUAUGGGAGAAUAUCGUUUGCAGAUUUGGAAUACCACACGAGCUGGUGUUAGACAAUGGAAAGCAGUUCGAUUCCGGAGUGAUCAAAGAAUUCUAUGAGAACCUGAACAUUCACCAUAAAUUUUCUACUCCAUAUUAUGCUCAAAUCAAUGGGCAGGCAGAAGUAACAAAUCGUGUUAUUAUGGACAAUCUCAAGAAAAGGCUAGAAAAGGCGAAGGGAAAGUGGACAGAGGAGUUCCCUGGAGUCUUAUGGUCUUACCGAACGACCCCGAAAAGAUCCACUGGAUUCUCCACAUUCACACUGGCUUAUGGAACAGAGGUCGUCAUACCCACCGAGGUACAUCUUAAGACUACCACGACUCGUGUUGUCACAUCUGGAAGCAACGACAACAUAAUGGCUUUGGAUAAAGAGCAGCUGGAAGAGCAAAAAGAAACAGCCUUACAGCAGUUGGUUCGAUACCAGCAGGAAAUCAAGCUGAUCUAUGAUCAUAAAGUCAGAGAACGGUCAUUCAAACCAGGAUAA